AGUAAACGCCGUAAAUACGAAAUAUCCAGGAGGAUUAAUUGUUAACCCCAGGUAAAUUAUGAGCAGUCUGAAAUGUGAAGGAUUCAUUUUACCCGGAGUACAAAAUUACCCAGAGUUCAGGUACGAAAAAGAGUACAUCGAGCUGUGACCUCAUCUCAUACUUUCCAUAGUAAAGGGGAGGAACGUCCUUUCUCAAUAAACGCUCCUAUUGGUUAGAGCCGACCACUGCCGUCAUCACGCACCGUUGCCAAACAAUGGGCAGGAAAGAGCCACGUUGACGAAGACGACAGAAGUGUGCGUUAUUUUUCCGCCAGGAAACUGAAAGAUUGUUUUUACUUUGAAGACGACGAAGCAAUUCUUUGGAGGAAGCGCAUUACAGCAGCCAUGUCAUCGCCACCCAAAGAGAAAAUCGAGACCAAAGCUGGACAUCUUCCUGCUGUGAAAGCAGGAGGCAUGCGGAUAGUUCAGAAGCACCAGUCUGCAAAUGAAGUGCCAGAGAAGAAGAAUGACAAAGAUGAUGAAGAAUAUGAGACUGAGGUCCCACCGAAGCUAACUGUUGUGGUCUCGGGAGUUGUCACAAAGGGGGAUAAAGACUUCACCCCUGCUGCUGCCCAGGUGGCCCAUCAGAAACCUGUGCCUGCGGUACAGAAGCUGCCCUCGGCCCACCACAUCAACCAGCACAUCCACCAGCCCCGGAAGUGAUUCUUACACAACUCUAGACCAACCCCGGCCCCCCACACAGGGCCAGGACCACACCACCCCAAACACCUGCUAAGGUUGCCAGGGAUCUCUUGCCGUCAAGCAUUCCGUACGCCCCCCUCCCCCUCCCGUCUGUGCCUGCAAGUGUCCGGUUUCCAACAGCAUCAUGACACGCGUUCCUUUUCCUGUUUCUUAGCUGUAGAUCAUUGCAACACUAAAAUUGAAAGCUCCAUUUCAAAUCACUAAUCAGAAACGUGUUAAUUAUGUGAGUCCACUUCAUGAGGGAUGCUUGGAGCGGUUUUAUUUCGUUUUAAUUUUGUCUUGCUUAAAUAGUUCCAGAGAGAUGUAAAUUGUAUGAAUCUUUUUUUUUUCUUCUUCUUCUUCUUUUGAAGUCGGUGAAUGUUGUAUAUUAGGCAUUAGGUACUAGGUGUGGCUUUCUGAAUAAAGAGUUAAUAUAAAACCACACACACCUUUUUGCUCUUGAAAACACAAUCAUAAGAUAGAGUUGCAAUGCCUGAUGGAAAUAUCACUGCUUUCACAAACAUGUUAGGCUGAAAUCAUUUACAAAACUCUAAUAGGGAAUCUGUGUGCCUUGCGUUAAAUACAUUUCGGAAUUUUUUGGAGAAUCAAUUCAUUUAGUUUAAAAAAAGGAAUUUCAAUGUUUGCUUAAAUAAAAAGUCAUGCUAGAAUUACCAUAUGAUUGCUGUGUGUGUGUUUUGAUGAAUCCAAGAUAAUAGAAAAAGUAACACGAUGAAGGUUAAAAUUAUCUUCGAAACUAUGUCUAAUGCCAUUUUGAGCUGUUCAUGACCACAAUCUGAGAUGAAUUGUAGAAUUUACGGAGAGUAAAAGUAGAGGAAUUUCAAAUCGCAUUGCAUGCGCUGAAAUAAAUAAAAAUGUAAACAAUU